AUGAGAACUUCGACUCUGGCUUUGUUGGCGGGUGUAGUGUCUGCACAGGAGACUGUCAAUCGCACGUUGACGAAUGGAUGGGGCUCUGUUCCGCAACAGCGGCAUUACAUCAAUGCGACCCAGGCGUGGACGGCGAUCGAUGCUGCUGUACAGCAGUCGAUGGCUAUUGGUGUCCCAAACAACAUCGCAAUUGUAGACCCUUCUGCGCAACUCGUUGCAUUCCUCCGGAUGGACAACGCUUUCCUCGCCAGCGUCGACAUUAGCAUCAAGAAAGCCAAAACUGUUGCGCUGUUCAAUGGCCUCUUCCCAUCAUCUGGUUUCUACAACCGGUCUCAGCCUGGUGCAGGAAACGACCUUUUCGGCAUUGAAGAAACAAAUGAUGGCCUGGUAGUCUUCGGUGGGGGGCAACCUAUCAUCGAUGCAGAUGGAUAUUUCAUUGGAGCGGUCGGCGUCAGCGGUGGGACUGUUGCUCAAGACGUGAAUGUCUCAGUGACAGCGGCAGAGGCGAUUGGUACGACGGUGCAGUUGUGA